CCCAUAAGAAUCAUGCAUUUCCUCUCCACUCUCUACCUGCUUCUCACACUUCACCUUCUCUCCUUUGAGCUACUACAAUACCACCUCGAUCAUUGAUUAUUUAUGAACUCUCCCUCCCUUUCUGUCUCUUUCUCUCUCUCUCUCCAUAUCUUGUUUCCCCACCAAAUCUUUUAUCAGAUACCAUCAAUUUUCACAUCACCCACCCGCAAAGCACAAGACUUUCCCUCACUUUCUUGCUCCUUGAACACUUUGAAAAACCCAGAAACCACAGAGGGAAAAAACGAGAACUUUUUCACCAUUCCAUCUGGGUUACAACAAGCUUUCUCUCACUAGAAGAAAAGCUUCAACAUUUAAUCAAAUUCACAGACAUCAAGCUAGCAAGAAGGCACACAUAGAGAGAGAGCUAGAGAGAGAGAGAGAGAGAGAGAGAGAGAGAGAGAGAGAGAGAGAGAGAGAGAGAGAGAGAGAGAGAGAGUUGAGCUCUGCAACAUGGAUUCUCCCGAGGCUCAUUAUACAUCCUCCUCCUCCUCCUCCUCCUCAUCCUCUUCCUCCUCGUCUUCCUACGGCGCCAGCGUGGUUCCGGUCCCGUACUCUCCCGUCCAGACGGACCGGGAUCACCGUGCCGAUGAUCACGACGGCGGAAUCAACGGCGGCACGGCGGCGGCAACUAGCCUGGCCAUCCAGCGGCUGAGGUUCCUGGACGCGAGCGCCAAGCACUGGAGGCAGGUGGAGGAGCGGUUCGACCGGAUCGCCCGGGACCGCUACCGGAAUGGCGUCGAGCCGGCGGCCAGGUGGUCGGAUUUCGCCUUCUGCGUCGGAAUUCAACGGUCAACGGAGUACGCCCAGGAGCUGCUGCGAGCGCUGCGAGGGAGAGACGGCCUCAAAUCCGACAUCACAAAGAGCGAACUCCACUACUUCUGGCGCCGCCUCACCGACCCGUGCCCCGACUCCAAAAUCCAGAUCUUCUUCGACUUGUGCGACCGAAAUAUGGAUGGGAUAGUUAGCCGACGCGAUGUGAAGCAGGUGAUCUUGAUGAGUGCUGCCGCGAACAAGGUGAGCUUGACCGGCGAGGAGGUGGACGAGUACGCCGCCCUGAUCAUGGACGCCGUCGGCUCGGGAGAUCGAGGUUACAUAGAGAUAUCUCAAGUGGAGACGCUGCUGAAGCUCGGGUUGUCGAAGGACUCUUCCGCCACUGCCCCGUCGCCGAGGCUGUGCUACCGCGGGGGCUGGGACUCGGAUGGGGUGGUCGGGCGGCCCAUGUCGAGGCUGGAGGUCUUGUUCCGGAGCUACUGGCGACGGGCGUGGAUCGUGGCCCUCUGGCUGGCGAUUUGCGUCGCACUGUUCACGUGGAAGUUCAUUCAGUAUAGGCAUAGGACGGCGUUCGAGGUCAUGGGCUACUGCCUUUGCACCGCCAAAGGGGCUGCCGAGACCCUCAAGUUCAACAUGGCCGUGAUUCUCCUCCCCGUCUGCCGGAACACUGUCACGUGGCUCCGCGCCAGCCGCCGGGUCAGCUCGAUCGUCCCCUUCAACGAUAACAUCAACUUUCACAAGUUGAUCGCAGCUGGGAUCGUGAUCGGGGUGAUCCUCCAUGGCGGCACCCACCUGGCGUGCGACUUCCCUCGGAUCAGUAUCGAUCACUCAAUCUUCCGCCAGACGAUUGCUGCAAGGUUCGGCUACCAUCAGCCGUCGUAUGUCCAGAUCCUGGCCACAACGGAGGUGGCAACAGGGAUCGCAAUGGUGGUCCUUAUGGCAAUCGCGUUCUCCCUCGCGACAAGGUGGCCAAGGCGCCAGGCCCCGCCACUGCCCCGGUCAGUCCGGCAGGUCACGGGGUACAACACCUUCUGGUACUCACACCACCUCUUCGUCUUCGUGUACGCACUGUUGAUCGUGCACUCCAUGUUCCUCUUCCUGACCAGCAACCUAAUAGAAAAGACGACAUGGAUGUAUAUCGCCUUUCCAGUGCUGCUGUACACGGGAGAGAGGAUCUUCCGGGCUGUCAGAUCGGCAUUUUAUGAGGUGGAGAUACUGAAGGCAAAUGUGUAUCCAGGAAAGGUUUUGUCCCUGACAAUUAGCAAGCCUGAAGGCUUUGAGUACAGAAGUGGAAUGUAUAUAUACAUUCAAUGCUCUCGAAUAUCACCCUUCGAAUGGCACCCGUUUUCAUUGACUUCUGGACCAGAUGAAGGUUAUUUGAGUGUGCACAUUAGGACACUUGGAGACUGGAGUUAUCAAUUAUACAGUCUCUUCCAAGAGGCAACUGUGGCAAGAACAGCUAGCUAUCCCAAAAUGUACAUCGAUGGGCCUUAUGGUGCAGCCUCUCAGGACUAUGUCAAGUACGACGUCGUGGUUCUGGUUGGCCUCGGAAUAGGAGCAACGCCAUUUAUCAGCAUUCUUAAGGAUGUCGUCGGUUGUGAUCAUGUGGAUGGCGGAGAAGUCAGCAUUCCGAAGGGUCCAGCGAAAGCCUAUCUGUACUGGGUUACGAGGGAUCAGAGCUCCUUUGCCUGGUUCAGGGAUUUCAUCAAGCAGAUAUCGAAGACCAACCGGAAAGAGUCGAUUAUGGAGAUGCACAACUUCCUGACCUCGAUGUACAAGGAGGAGGAUGCGCGGUCAGUGUUACUAAGCACCAUUCAAGCUCUGUCUCAUGCCAAGAGCGGCGUCGACUUCAUCUCUCAGACCCCGGUGCAUACUCAUUUUGCCAGACCAAAUUGGUCCAGCAUUUUCUCCAAGUUGUCCCGAAGGCACGGCGGUUCCCAGAUUGGGGUGUUCUAUUGUGGUCCUUCAGCAUUAGCAAGAGAAUUGGAGGAGAUGUGCACCAAAUUCUCCACCAAGACCAUCACAAGAUUUGUGUUCCAUAAGGAGCAUUAUUGACCACGCUUCUCUCUCUUUCUUGGUUAUUUGGUUGGGAAUGUUGGGAUUUGGUUAUUCCUACCUCACAAUGAGGAGGGGAAUAGCUGAGAAUAAGGUUUUUGUUUGUUGGCCAGAACUGAGAAGUAGGUUUACCUGUGCAUUACAGGAGAGAAAUUGCUGACAGUAGUACCCUAUUGUUUUUAGCCUAAAAAUAGUUCCAUUGAGAAAGCAUGUACAGAACUCCAACUUGAGUGGAAAUACCUCUGUUUUAUCUUCA